UUAACCACCUCCCGUCCGGCCGUUGCAUAUAAACGGUCGGACGGUGGCAGUGCAGGGUUUAUAAACGUCCUCCCCGCACCCUGCUUGUGCGUGCUCCCUGGGAGCGCGCAGCACCGCGAUCUGGUGCCCGCUGUGUCCUCCGGACACAGUGAAACGCUGAUCGUCGGACGGGACCUCUGUACGAGGUCCCGAUCAUGUGAUCACUGAUUGGCUAAUCAGUGAUCACAUGCAGAGUAGUAAGCAAGAUGUCACUUCUGACAUCAUUGCUUACUACGUGUGAAAUCUGUGAAUGAUCACAGAGGUCACAUGGUACAGGGCUAUUCACAACAGCCUUAUACCAUGUGACAAGCUGUGACCAAUCACAGCUCACUCAGUA